GGAGCGGCGAGGAGGCCGGAGGCGGGGAAGGGAGUCUUCUGUCUGAGAAACCCGGAGACUCGAGUGCGGGAGGAUCCCGCCUCCGGGCGCCGCCUCCGCCAGCAUGGGAAUCAAGUUUCUAGAAGUUAUUAAGCCCUUCUGUGCUGUUCUACCAGAAAUCCAGAAACCUGAAAGAAAAAUUCAGUUUAGAGAAAAGGUUUUAUGGACAGCUAUUACCCUCUUCAUUUUUUUAGUAUGCUGCCAGAUACCAUUAUUUGGGAUAAUGUCUUCAGACUCUGCAGAUCCUUUCUACUGGAUGAGAGUCAUCCUUGCAUCAAACAGAGGCACUUUAAUGGAAUUGGGAAUUUCUCCCAUUGUGACAUCUGGCUUAAUUAUGCAGCUGCUGGCUGGAGCCAAAAUAAUAGAAGUUGGUGAUACACCAAAAGACCGAGCCCUGUUCAAUGGUGCUCAGAAGUUGUUUGGAAUGAUUAUAACUAUUGGGCAAGCAAUUGUGUACGUCAUGACUGGGAUGUAUGGAGAUCCUGCAGAAAUGGGAGCUGGAAUCUGCCUCUUGAUCAUAAUUCAGUUAUUUGUUGCUGGCUUGAUAGUAUUGCUUCUAGAUGAGCUGCUGCAGAAAGGUUAUGGCUUGGGUUCCGGGAUUUCUCUCUUUAUUGCUACCAACAUCUGUGAAACCAUUGUCUGGAAGGCCUUUAGUCCUACUACUAUUAAUACGGGCAGAGGAACUGAGUUCGAGGGAGCUGUGAUUGCACUGUUUCACCUUUUGGCUACGCGAACUGACAAAGUCCGUGCUUUGCGGGAGGCUUUCUACCGCCAGAACUUGCCAAACCUUAUGAAUCUGAUAGCGACAGUAUUUGUGUUUGCUGUAGUCAUAUACUUUCAGGGAUUUCGUGUUGAUCUGCCAAUCAAGUCUGCUCGAUACCGUGGACAAUACAGUAGCUAUCCUAUCAAACUCUUCUAUACCUCCAACAUUCCCAUCAUUCUUCAGUCUGCUUUAGUUUCCAACCUUUAUGUUAUUUCCCAAAUGUUGUCUGUGCGAUUUAGUGGCAACUUCUUGGUGAACUUACUCGGGCAGUGGGCAGAUGUUAGUGGUGGAGGUCCCGCACGCUCUUACCCUGUUGGAGGACUCUGCUAUUAUCUCUCCCCUCCAGAAUCCAUGGGUGCUAUCUUUGAGGAUCCAGUCCAUGUGAUUGUUUAUAUUAUAUUUAUGUUAGGAUCUUGUGCAUUUUUCUCCAAGACAUGGAUUGAAGUGUCUGGAUCAUCCGCAAAAGAUGUUGCUAAGCAACUGAAAGAACAGCAAAUGGUGAUGCGAGGCCACAGAGACACAUCCAUGGUUCAUGAGCUGAACAGGUACAUCCCUACAGCAGCUGCAUUUGGUGGCUUGUGCAUUGGAGCCCUCUCUGUCUUGGCAGACUUCCUCGGAGCCAUUGGCUCAGGCACUGGCAUUCUGCUUGCAGUCACCAUUAUUUAUCAAUACUUUGAGAUUUUUGUUAAAGAACAGGCAGAGGUUGGAGGUGUGGGUGCUUUAUUUUUCUAAAUGUUCAAAACACAUGUGGCUUGUAAGAAGGAUAAAUUUAUUUUGAUGACAUACAACCUUUUAGUCCAAUUAUGCCAUUUCUUUUAGAAGUGCUGACUGCCCCCAUUUUUUCAUAGCAGGCAUUGCACAGUGCCUGUGAGCAGCUUCAAUACCAGCUGCCUUAAGAAUCAAAGUUUACAUUGUCUUUGUUUAAAAAUAUAAAAAUGUAUCUAGUCUUGCCUGUAAUGCUGGAAACCAAUGCAUUUACUUUGCUCUUCAAACACUACAGUGGAGAUGGUCAAAAGGUGCCCAUUUUGCUACUAGUGAACACAUUUGCACCCUACAAUAUAAAUGUACUUGAACAGUGGCAAAAGAAAACCACUAUAAAGAGUUCUACCCCACCCCCAAAAUCUAUAUUUUACAUGAAUUACUUUUAUAGGCUUUGAAAGGAAAAAAAAAGAAUUGUCGUAUCCCCUGUACUCUAACCCCUUGACACAUGCCCAGUGAUCUUAUAUCUUGGCUGACAGUUCCCCCCAUUUGGGAUGCCCUGCAGAUGAGUUGGACUACAGCCCCUAUUGUCUCCAGCCGAUGUGCUGGAAGCUGUAGUUUACCACAUCUGGACACUAGGUUGGGGAGGUUUGCCUAUGAUGUUACCCUGUGUGAAGUCAGGAGGGCAGAUGAACAUUUAAAUCAUGAAAUGGAUCUACAGAGGGUGUGGGUAGGGCUUGGAUGUCCCUUUUCAAGAUUUCUGCCACCCUGUGGCAGCCUGCUAGGUACUGGUUUGCUUCUGUUGUAGACUCAUUGUUUCUUUUGACCCACAUGACCUAUUGAGGGUGGGGGAAACCAAUUUGUGCUGCUGAAUUUUCCCUCCAGUUGCUUCCUCUCAAUCAGAAAAAUCAGAGGCAUAGGUCUUAAAGCAAUGUUGUUUGCAAAAGGAGGGUAGAAAUUAAUAUGUCUUGCUGGGGGGGAAGACCCCAAACCCUAUCUUGUUGUGCUUCUUGGUGGCACUGUAACCAAGUGUAAACAUUAGACAAUAAACUUAUUUAAUUAUG